GGAGCAGUUGAAGGGGCUCUGUUUGAUGAAUUCUGCCGUUGUUCUCUUUCCGCCUUUGUACCUGCCCUAUGUAUUUCAAUUCUUCAUGCCGAUUCACUUCGGAUUGACAAACUUUUCUUUCCCCCAAACAUCACCCAUAUCACUUUCCUUGUCUUGUACCAUCCCUUCCUCUUUUCUGCAAGCAUCUGCAUACCACCUUUUCACAAACAAUCUUCACCUCUCUUUGAGGUGGCUUCUUUCUUUCUGGUCUUGACGACAAUCUUUGAAGCAUCACAUCUUUCGUCUGCGCUUGACGCGUUGAUUUUCACCUUUAUCUGGAUAUUGCUUUUCGUGCUAUCUUUGGCCAUCUUUCCGGCUCGGACCAGCCUAACUCGAAGAACGGCCCUCGGUAGCACCUUCUUUGCAAGCGUGUCGUAGCUGGUCUUCGAUAUCAACAUAUUUCUCAACAGGUGCCUUACCUUGUCUCCCUACUCGUGCUCGUUUAUAUCAACAGCGCCUUUUGAGAAUUCAACGGCUUUCACCCGCUCGCAAGACUCCUCUCUCUGCCGUUCUAUUCAAUCUUGACCAAGAUCUUCAAUAACCAGUCAAAAUGGGAGCUACUUUCAACGACCCUAAUCGUCGCCACACCGGCGUGGCCUCUGGAUACCCCACCGUAACCGAGUCCCACAACUCCAUUGCUGCUGCCAAUGCCGCGAUGAUGCCGGAUGGCAUGGGCCAGAUGAUUAACCAGUUUCAGUGUCUGAGCUUUCCUGCCGGAGCCUACGUACCUACUGCUGAUCCCACCAACAUGGUCUACAACCCUUACAGCCAGAUCCAUCAUCUCGCCGGUCAGGCUGCCGCCUAUGACCCCAUGGUUCAGUAUCACCUAGGCACUGGUUUCCCUAUUGCUCAUCCACAGACCGCCCUGAUGGGUCCUAGCACUCCCCGCAACGUGGCUGCUGCCCAUGUACCUCGCGAGCUUCCCACUCUCGAGAACCGACGCAGCUCGUACUCGACCUCGGCUACCGAGUCUACGCCUGCUACCCCUUUCUUUGGCGCGGCUGGUGAUCGUGCCCACGGUGCACGCGUUCUCUCUACUGAUCGCUCGACGUUCACGACCCCUUCACCCCAGCAGGUUCUCAGUUCUGCUGUUCUUGGUUCAAUCUCUGCCAAACCUACUCCCGUUCAAGACCCUGAGCUCGAUCGCCUUCUCAUGCAAGACCCCGCAAUUCCCCGUGCCGUCCCUGCAGUCUUCACUGAUCAUGUCAAGACGCUUGAGCAGUGUCUCGAGAAUCGCAUUUCUGGCAACAAGAAUGUCUACAUCCGCGGCCUUCAUCCUACCACAGACGAUGAUCUACUUCUGCGCUAUGCCUCUCGCUUCGGGGAGGUAGAGCAAUCCAAGGCAAUCAUCGACACUAGCACUGGUGCUUGCAAAGGCUUCGGAUUUGCCAAGUUCAAGGACAUUGGCGACUCCCAGAAGUGCAUCCGCGGCUUCUACCGUCUUGGCUACGAGGUCGGAUUUGCUCGGGAGAGCUUCAACGCGCGCCUGAAGGCCGAGGGAGAUGACAUGUCGACAAACCUUUACAUCUCCAAUCUCCCCAAGGACAUCACCGAGCCACUUCUCAUCCACAUCUUUGACCCUCAUCCCAUUGCCAGCUCCAAGAUCCUGAGGGAUUCCAACGGAAACAGUCGCGGCGUGGGCUUUGCUCGCUUCGAGAGUCGGGAGGUAUGUGAGAGGAUCAUCAAGAACUUCAAUGGUCUCAAGCUCGGCGUCGAUGGACAGGAGAUGCAAGUCCGAUACGCCGAUACGCCGUCUCAGAAGGAGCUGAAGCGGAUCACGGCUGAGCGUCGCCAGUACCGCACCAACGAGUAUAACAUCGGCGCCUAUGGCACCCACGCCGUCGGCAUGAGCCCCAGUAUCUAUCAACAGGGCUCUUACGGCAUGCGUCGCUCUGGUUCUGGUGGUGGCAGCUACAACCAUACGUCUCGCUCAGUCAAUGUCUCUGGAGGCUACAACGGUCAAGGAGCUCAAGUCACGGGUCGCGAUAGCGUUCAACAGAACCUGACUGCACCCCCGACGGUUACCUCGGACGACGGUUCUGGUGAUGAGGGUGUUACCAUCGUCGACGCCUCGCCCAUCGGUAAUGUCACUGCUGUCUCUUCGCCUUCUGUCAAGAAAGAGUCCAAGAAGGAGAAGGCCUAAAGGCUUACUCUACGAGCUUCCUCGACUUCUUUUCAUGAAUGUUACAUUUUGUUUGCUUUGGUCAUUUGGUCAUGGUCGUUGUUGUUGUUAACGAUCCAAUUUUUACUUUGAUUCGAAUAAUACAUGGGGUGCAUAUGGAGAGACACAAGACAUGGUUGCAUCCCUUUAUCGGACUGAUUUCACUGCUGCAAGAUUGUUACCACACAUCAGAGCUAUACAUGCAUGGAAGCAUCUCAUCAGCCUCUGGAGCAGUUACGCACGAUGAUAACGCAUUCUUUUGUUCACUCAAUUUCCUCUGUAUAUGCCAUACAGAACUUUGUUUUUCUUCUUUUUCUUUUUACUACUUCCAAGGCCUCUAGAUAGGUAGAUAGGUUCAGCACG